CGGAAACGCCGCUCUUACCAUAGAGAGCACCUUCCAGGACCGACGGUCCUCCGAGUGUUAGAGUAAAGCUAUAGAGAGUCGCUGAAUUAGUCCAUCUCAGUGGUAAAACCGAGCAUGCGCGGUUAGCUCAGUUUGAGUAAUAUUGGCGGGAGGCUGGAGGAAAUGGCAGAACCUGGGUCAGAUUUUUUGGAAAAUGGAUUACAGAACAGCUCAGGGGGAAGUAGUGGUGAUGCGGCUCUGAAAAAAACCAAAGGUGCAAAGUUGGUGAAAUCGCGUUACAUGCAGUAUAAACCUAAAAUUACAAAGAAUAAUGUUGUAAACACAACACCGUUACAAGCUGGAAAAAGCCAAGAAAAAAGUGGAAGCAAUACUCCCACUCGUAGAUCUGUGUUACCACCACGGUUCAAAGCUCCUUCAGCAACACCUAAUGUAGCAGAUGGAAGUUCUUCCUUUAAAGAGGACCUACAGUCUACUUUAUUGGAUGGCCACAAGAUUGCACGUCCAGAACUUGACGUCUCUGUUAUAAAUGAUAAAAUAAUGCAAAAACUAGCCCAAAAGUCCCUAUCAACAUCAGAACAUAGAAAACCUAAGAAAGAGUCUACCUCCACUACCAGCAUACCCGAGGACAUGACAGACAUGUAUGAAUUACAGACCUUGUUAUUUACAUAUCUAACUAUGAAGAUGCAGAAAAAUAUCAGACGCCUGGAAGAAAAAGCAGAGCGCAGCAUGUUGCUAGUAUAUGAUGAGAAGGCACAACUUCAGGAGAAAGUGCAACAGCUGAAACGGGAAUUGUUGUUAAUCAGAAGAGAAGAGCAGCUUGGUGAUUUGCUUGAGAAGCAAGCUGAAUCUCUGACUCCCUCUGCUGCCGCCACGACGCAGUUCAAGGACAGUUACAAAUCGUUUGCCACAGCUCUGGAUUGCACAAGGCAUCAGCUGCCUAUAAAAGAUAUCCAUAUCACAGGCACCCGACAGAGAUUCCUUGAUGACAUUCAGAAACAUUUGAGUUCUACAAUCUCCCUACUUGAAGAUGCCACACCAAGCUCUGCUAAUGACAGUGUGGAUUUAUUGGACACAAUUAAAAUCUUGGAAGACGUUGUGCACAAAACAGAUGCAGAGCUUUCACGGAGUUUGCGCCAAGUCUUGGACUUGUCUUUUAAAGUGAAUAAAGAAAUAUCUCUGCAAAGCCAGAAGCUGGUGGAAGAAAAUUCUGAAAUGGAAGUUUUAAGGCAGUGGUAUUUCGACCAAGCAAUUGUUUAACUCGGCAGUGAUUGUGAACAGUUUAAUUGCAUCUGAAGCACUUUUGGUACAGAUUUUUAAGUUUCAAUGAGUACUUUAAAGUAUUUUGUUAAAUAAGGUUUCCCUUGAAGAUCCGAUUUUAUCUUGCGCACCAUGCUGCCUUUAUUUACCCUGUACUUUGGUGGCUUUGUGAUAUUGAGGAACUUUCCUCCAAAAUGAGCAAGGCAUAGACUGAAGAAGUCACUACUACGCCUGUUUUCUGAAUGUAACAUCUCAUGUUGUUAUAGCUGGAAAUAGACCACUUAAGAGAGUAUAGAACAUCAAAUAUAUUGCAUUGUUUUUGUUAUUUAGCCUGUGUGUGUUCUAUUAAAUGUAUAUUUUUUUGUGCAUUAUUUAGUAAAUUAAAUCUGAAAUAAAACUGAA